ACGCGGGCAGGGCUUGCCCAUCGGCACCAGCCUCCCCAGGCCCAUGAGCAGUGGCUAGCUGCUGGGCAGGGCGCACACCGGCUCCCCUCACUGCUUUCUGGAUUAGCUGCUGCUCCCGGGAUUGCCAUCACAGAAGAGCUUGAUGGCGGGAUCUUGUGAGAUCAGCAACAUCUUCUCUAACUACAUCAGCGCUAUGUACCAGCCGGACGAAGUGCAGCCGACCCUGGACAUGCUGGGACACCUUGGGGACGACAGCACGCUGGGGCUGAGCCUCCCCACUAGCCAGCCCCUGGCACAGAGCACAGACAAGCCGGAGUGGUUCAGUGAGCUCCCGUACUUCUGGACCAAGGUGCAGGUGCUGGAGUGGAUCAGCUACCACGUGGAGAAGAACAAGUACGAUGCCAGCUCCAUCGACUUCUCCUGCUGCAACAUGGAUGGGCAUGCACUCUGCCACUGCACCAGGGACCAGAUGCGCCUCAUCUUUGGGCCCCUGGGGGACGAACUCUACGACCGCCUGCAUGAGAUCACAUCCGACGAACUGAACUGGAUCAUUGACUUGCUGGAAAAAGAGGAUGUGACUUCCCAAGACACCCUCCUGGACUCUAGACACCUGGAGCUGGGAAAUCCCUGUGCCAAUGACUCCCUGGAGGACAUGAAGCCCACAAACCCUUUCCUAUCCACAGACUUCACCUGCUUGGCUGGUGCCAUGUCCCCAGGCAGCUCUGAUGUCUCAGGGCCUGUGAUGUCCCACAGCCCCAACUCCCAGGACUCCGGUGGAAGUGACCUUGACCUCGACCCUGUGGAAGCAAAGCUCUUCCCUGACAAUGGCUUUGCAGGGAGCAAGAAAGGGGACAGCAAACAUGGCAAGCGGAAACGGGGACGGCCCCGAAAACUCAGCAAGGAGAGCAGAGACUGCCUGGAGAGCCGGAAGAGCAAGCACUCCCCAAGAGGUACCCACCUGUGGGAGUUCAUCCGGGACAUCCUGAUCCACCCAGAGCUGAAUGAGGGGCUGAUGAAGUGGGAGGACCGGCGGGAGGGUGUCUUCAAGUUCCUGCGCUCGGAGGCGGUGGCUCAGCUCUGGGGCCAGAAGAAGAAAAACAGCAGCAUGACCUACGAGAAGCUGAGCCGAGCCAUGCGGUAUUACUACAAACGAGAGAUCCUGGAGAGAGUCGAUGGGCGACGGCUGGUGUACAAGUUUGGGAAGAACUCCAGCGGCUGGAAGGAGGAGGAGGUGCUCAACAGGAACAAGGAGCUGUAGGAGUCCUGGAUGAGCCGGGGUCUGACAAGCCCCUUGGGGCCAGCCCCGUGCUGAGCUCCUGAUAGGAAAUUUUGCCUGCGGCUGUAUCUGGAAGCUGCUGCCCUGUGCAGCGUGUGGAACUCCGACCCUUGCAUGAGCACGCUCGUGCGUGCUGGUGUUUAAAGCUAAUAUUUUGGCUCCGGUAGGCUAUUGUAAACCGUUACUUCCCUCGCUGGAUUCGUACCUCUGACUGGAGUCGCAGUGACUUCGGCUGUUUCAAAGCCUGGACAAAUGCAAAGGGGAAGAGAAGUUCAAGUGGCAGCUGGCACGCAGUGAGAGCCCAGCAGGUCUCCUGCUGUCACCCACCUCCUGCCCGGGAAAGAGGGGCAGCACCACCAUCUCACCUGUGAUCGGACAGCUAUGGGGUCCUCCCCUAUCACUGCUUGCGCCAUGCUGAAGGCGCUCACCGUCCUGUUUGCUCUGCGUGGGAUGGGUGAGGCCCCCCCCCGUGCAGCAGCUUCUUAGGGUAGCACCUGCUGAGAGAAGAUGGGAACAUUGUGGAGCUUUACUCUAGCCCUGGAGAGCCCUCAGGAGGGAGAGGACUGGGGACAGCAGGGCUGCUCUGCAUUUCCAGCCCAGCUGCCUGUAUCUGGAAACAGGCCUUUUCCCCAAAAGCGGCUUCUAAUUUAUGUAAGACCAAAAAAAAGCACAAAAUGAAUGUACAGAUAUAUUUUUUCAUGAGUAAGAUGUUCCUGUGUGAGAGUGUGCAUUGUAGGCCAUGCACGUGUCUUGUGGCAGGUGGUGAUGCUCAGCUGGACUGAAGCGAUGUCACGGGGGCACAGACUGGCUCUGUGUCAGCCACAGGAGGGGGAUGCCAGCCCAGCCAGGCACCCAGCAGGUGCAUGUGGUUUCCUCCUUUUCAAAUGGGAAUAUAAGAGGAAUAAAUUGUUGUUUCGUUGGUUUUUUUGUACC